AUGCCACGCCGAUUGCGCUACCUGUUCCGGCCCCGGUUCCACCCAAUGCUCGACCUGCCCGCCUUCUCGUCCUCUCAAAUCAUCAGACGGAAGAUGUCUCCCGUCUUCGUCCUGUGGCGCACAAUCUUUUUCGACUCGGCGUCCGGAACGUGUCGGUCGUGCGAUGCCGGAUGUUCAAGUUGUGCAGGAGCGGGCGGACAAAUGUGUACCGCGUGCCCGGUAGGCAAGGUUCUCCAGUCCGGACAGUGCGUUGAUUCUGGAUGCGGGGAAACUUACUUUGGGUUGUGUCUGAGCACGUUUGCAACAUCGACCAAGACUACCACCACCGUUGGACUUUCCCCUCUGCAUGGUGCAUUGGUCGGGACAUCUUCGAUCGGGUUUCUUGUAAUCGGUCUUUUAUUCUGGCGACGCCGUGCGAGAAAGCAACGGGCCGAACGCACUGCCGCGUUUGCCGAUAACCUUCCGGAUCACGACGCGGGCCGCGGAAAAUGGGAAUGGGGGCGAGUUUGGCGCAUGAGACGUGAAGAGGGCUGGUUCUCCGGUUUGAAACUCCUCGUUCGGGGGAUGGGUUCGCGUCGUCGGGGAAGGAGACAGUUCCAUCGCGAGAUGAGUUUACGCAAGCUUGGAGGGCAAGGUCGACGAUCCUACAAGGAUGCCGAAGAAGAUCCAAGGUGGCGGAAUCUCCAUCCUAGGAGGGAAGCCCCUGAUACUUUUGUAUUCGAUCGACCGGUUGUGCCGGCCGGUCCUGGAACCGGGAAGAGUUGGUGGAGGGACCAGGACCAGGAUCGGCAGUCGAUGGACUCGGAGCGCGGAAAGGCCACCGAGGGAGUAUAUGGGAAGAUCAACCCCGAAUCGCAUUUUGCGCGGACGCUGAGCUCUGUGAGUGGAGGCUCGGUUAGGAGGCCUGUUAUCCAGCGCAGCGAGACGCCCGAAGCGGAGAGGAUGGAACCGGAUAUGACGGGCGCAUCGGCGCAUACAUUCGGAGUGGCACCUACAAUCGCCCGCACACCUUCGUUGGGAUCACAAAAGGGCGGACCGGUGGGCUUGGCGUCCAACCCAACGGGAUCUUCGAUAUCUCAGCGCUCGAACCAUCUCGCCUUGAAUCAUACUGGUUCGGACAUCCAAGCUGGAAACUGGAUGCUGCCCGACCAUACUGGAAUGGAGUCGGUCCCAUCCCACUUUACAGGAUCAGUCGCCACACAAAAUACAGGCUUUGGAACACAUCCAGCUCAAGCAAACUCUACUAUGCCCCUCGUUGGCCAGCAAACCGGUAUCUCGAGUGUUCCAUCCCAUCUUACCGGCAAUUCAUCCGUCGUUUUUCAUCAUACGGGUUCGUCCAACUCGCUCUCGCCUCAUCCAACCGGUGCAUCAAUCCUGGUACCCCAAGCCGGGACACAAACAACACCUCGCGCCCCACUCGCUUACGCCCCCUUCCUCGAGUCUUCAAUCAACCCCCAGCCUCGUCAGCCUAUCCGAGAUGGGUCAAAUAUCAACCCGUUUAGCCGAACUCUUACAGUCACACCACGACCCAGUAAUGAGAUGUUGAUGAUGAGCCCUCCACCGCACGGUAUCCCAUCCAGCCCGGUCUGGCCGGGAGCCGUUGGAGGGUCGUAUUGGUAUGGCCCGGGGCCUCAGGGCCAGCAGUCUCAGCUGAAGUUGGGAGAUAAGAACCCGUUUAGGCGUAUCUAG